UUGGCUGUGGCGGCAAAUGGGCUUGGGCGGCUCCUCGGCGGGUGGCGGUGGUGGCCGUAGCGGUUCCUCCUGGCCCUGUUAAUGUCGGGGCCAGGCCCGGGGAGGAUGGCGCGCUAGAGCCCGGCCUCGCUGGGGUAGGGGCGGGAGGGGACGGGGUGGGCACCGGCCAUGUCGGAGGUGACCCGGAGUCUGCUGCAGCGCUGGGGCGCCAGUUUUAGGAGAGGCGCCGACUUCGACUCUUGGGGCCAGCUGGUGGAGGCGAUAGACGAGUAUCAGAUAUUAGCAAGACAUCUACAAAAAGAGGCCCAAGCUCAACACAAUAAUUCCGAAUUCACAGAAGAACAGAAGCCGUUCAGACUUAAACUUCAGUGGAGGCUAUAUACACUCUUUGGGAGAGGGGUAGGUUCCAGGUGCUCAAGUUUGACUAAAACCAUAGGCAAAAUUGCAACAUGCUUGGAAUUACGAAGUGCAGCUUUACAGUCCACACAGUCACAAGAAGAAUUUAAACUGGAGGACCUGAAGAAGCUAGAACCAAUCCUAAAGAAUAUUCUUACAUAUAAUAAGGAAUUCCCAUUUGACGUUCAGCCUGUCCCCUUAAGAAGAAUUUUAGCACCUGGUGAAGAGGAGAAUUUGGAAUUCGAAGAAGAUGAAGAAGAAGGUGGUGCCGGAGCAGGGUCUCCUGAUUCCUUUCCUGCUAGAGUUCCCGGCACUUUACUACCCAGGCUGCCGUCAGAGCCAGGACUGACCUCACUCACCAUCCGAAUUGAGAAAAUCGGUCUGAAGGAUGCGGGACAGUGCAUAGAUCCCUACAUCACAGUUAGCGUAAAGGAUCUGAAUGGCAUAGAUUUAACUCCUGUGCAAGAUACUCCUGUGGCUUCAAGAAAAGAAGAUACAUAUGUUCAUUUUAAUGUGGACAUUGAGCUCCAGAAGCAUGUUGAAAAAUUAACCAAAGGUGCAGCUAUCUUCUUUGAAUUCAAACACUACAAGCCGAAAAAAAGGUUCACCAGCACCAAGUGCUUUGCUUUCAUGGAGAUGGAUGAAAUUAAAGCCGGGCCGAUUGUAAUAGAACUAUACAAGAAACCCACUGACUUUAAAAGAAAGAAAUUGCAGUUACUGACCAAGAAACCACUUUAUCUUCAUCUACAUCAGACUUUGCACAAGGAAUGAUCCUGACAUGAGUCACCGGGAACGUCUGUGAAUUCUCCCACACAGUAGCAACCAGCCCAGCUCCGCGCAGCGUAUCCCCCUCCACCGGGCAGGAGGCGGGCCACACGGGCGCCGGCAGGCCAGAGCGAGCCCGUGGGAUUCACAGCCCAGCACUCCACUGACCUAGACAACUCCUUUGGAUACGGGCUUAUUGUAGUUUUGAAACAUGUUUUUACCUUUAUAGUAUUUGUGCAAUUCAUAGUCUCUUUUCUAACUCACCACUGUUCCUACCCUGCUUCUUGGAACAACACUGCUGUGGGUAGGAUCUGCUCGUCUUCAAAAAUUAAUACAGCAAUAAGAAUGUGCUAGAGUUUACACAUCCGUUCACUUUUGCUCCAGUAUGCUUUUUCGGUUUUUUGAGUUAAUGCCAAACUUUGGGCUGAUGGGAGUAGGAGAGUAUGAAACUGUUCUGAGAGGAGGAAUUGGACCGCUUAUUCUGCCCAGGGAGGUCAGUCUGGAAAAGGAUAGGCUGCUCCUCCGAGGUGGCCUAAAUUCACCCUGAUCUCAUAGUUUUCCUGGUUAGAAAUCGUGUGCCUUGGCCAGAUCAGUAUCCAGACGGGAGGGUUCCCAGGCUCUAGCUGUGAUUUUUCCAGAUGACCAGAUUGUUUUUCUGAAAGAGCACAUUUGUAGUCCGUUGAUUAGCUUUUCUUCUACGUCACAUUAUUCUUCUUUCUGAUAGUGGUUCUAGGGUUAAUAAUGAUGGAACCAUGUCGGAUUAAUUAGACUUCUAGAUGGCUUUGUAACGUCUUCUAAAUCAUGUAAGCUACACUGAGUCAGAUGCUAGUGAGAUGCUGCAGGCUAACUGCUGUUUUUCUGACAACUGAUCGUGAACCCUUACAGUCUGCAUACCUCUUCUUGGAGUGGUGAGUAUGCAAAAUCUGGAGCUAUCUGGAGCUACUCUAGUUGUUUUCAUUUAGGUAGACAGGAUUGCCGUUUAUUUCCUAUGUAGAUAUAUUGACUUUCAUCCAUAUGGAAAUAUGCAGGUCAUUAGAUUAUUAUAAUUUGGCUAUUUACAGUACUUUUGACUUAAUGGGCCAUAAAUAAAACUUUCAGAGGACACUCAAGGCGGCUAUGUGACACACAGGACAUUAACACUGGGGGCGGGCUCUCUGUGGGUUAGAUACAGACCCACACGUUUAAUAUUCACUAUGUUGAAUGACCGAUGCUAGCACGAGGGGAACGCAGCACCAGUACUUGGCCUGUUUUUAAACUAGUGUGAUAACUAGUCCUACAGUUCAACGUGUGCUUUUUGAAACAGCCGCAGUGAAGUGUUCUAGCCCUUGCACUUCAAGAAAGCUGGUCUUUACUUCCGGUUGUCUGUCAGUUCUGUUUAAGCUGUUAAAAACUUAGAGCCUGAAAGAAUUCUCAACCAAAUUUAAGUCUUGUCUCUUGUAUUAAUUAGAUUAAUUCCACAAAUGAUUCAGUCCACAACAACUCAAGGGGAUGAAGAAUUUGCCUUAAUUACCUUGUUGUUCACUCAACCCUUAGACUCAGUUGUCAGCUCCUCAAGGGGGCAAGAACCACAUUUUCUCCAAGUCCUGUAUAUGUUCUAAGGUGCUUGGCAGCGCUCUGUACCCUGUGGAGUACUCAGUACCUUCUGUUUGAUGUUGCUGACGAGACCUAAAAAAUAAUCCCUUAAAGUACCUACUAUUAAAAUGUAGCAAAAUUGA